AUGGGCCAACAUCUGCCACCUGGCGAGGCUGGCUAUCUCUUGCUUUAUCGAUUUCCUCAGGCAUACCGACGUGACAGACGACGCAUGGAGCAAUUUCGCCUCACGUCGAGAGCGCUAUUGGGACCCUUCCUCCAAAUGUCCGAAGUGGGCGACGAAGCGGUCGCCGACUACGACGCAGCACUAGAACAUUUUCUCGAGCUGUGCGCACAGGCAAGUCCUGCACAGUGUCUCAUCGCGCAUGACGGGCUGACCGGCGAAGAACUCCUUGAGGAACAAUGGUCCUUCUAUCAGGACUUGGUGGCUGGAAAGUUCACGGCAAGCGAUGCCCAAGGUAACAAAAUCGACUUCAGCGACUUUCAAGGCAUCAUGCAGCAAGUCAUCUUCCAAGGGCCACGCCUGUGGGCCAAGUGGACCAACAAGUGGGCAUAUGUGUACAACAAUCGCACGGCCGUACCCGCUACUCAACGUCGCGCAACACCACCGUUUGAUCCCACGACCGCCGGCCCAAUCGCCGACACCGAGUCUCAGAUCCUCACUGCAAUUACCUGUGGCGAUGCUGAUCGCUUCUCCGAUGUCAGUGGAGCCAAGUUCAAAGAGUGGCAAGCUAUCUACAACAAUAGGAGCCAGUAUGGCGGAGAGACGAUGAGCCCCAUUCUCUUUGCUUGUUCCACUUGGCUGGUUGAUGCCAAGGAAAAAGCACCCAGCUUCGAAGGCGUCGUCACCAAGACGCCUGUUCUUUUCGUGGAAGGCUUAUACGAUCCCGUCACUCUGUCGGAAUCUGCUCGCAAUUCCAGUGCCGGUUUUGUUGGUAGCGGUAUCCAAUGGCACACUGGUAUUGGGCAUUGUUCCACCCGCGAUCCCUCCAAAUAA